ACCAUGUGCAUUGUUGUCCUUUAAUGAUUGGCUGUUAGACUAGAAACAGCUGCACACAGCCUUGAUUUGUAAAGGGGUAGCCGACCUUAAUGCAGUUUAGCCAGUUGGUAGUGGCUUACAAAGAGAGAGGCAAGAAAGAGAAGGGGGGACUAGAACAAGAGGCCAUUUCCAUCCAUCUCGUUUUCUAGACCGCUUGGGCAUUUUGACUCGGAAUUUGCGGCUGUCAGAUGAGCUGACCCUUUUAGAAUCUGCUGCAGGUGGGGAAGGUGAACUGCAGAUUUCCUUUCUAGAAGGAAGAUGUUUUUUCCCCCUCCUUCUUCCCGCCCCUAGUUUUUUGGAAGGGGGUUGGACUAUCCUAAAAAUAUGUAAAUUUACAAGAGCUGACUACAGGCUGGGGCACCAGCCAAGGUCUUUUGGCGAAGCCCAAGGGUGUUUUACAUUAAAAUGUGAAGCUUGACAGGAUCAGUGCUCUAACUUUAGACAGCUUCUUGAUUAGCAUGAGACUGGGUGGCUGCCGGGUUUCCAGCCCUCCAGUAGCCAUUGGCCUCUUUCAGGACUCUUCUGCUGAGGAGCAGUAGCCACUGAAUAGGGGCAUUGACUUUGGAAGUGCUGAAAGCAGCCAGGAGCUGGGAUCUGUUGGCAGCCAUGGCUCCUGGAUCGGCUAGAGCUCGUAGGUAGGAGAAAAAUGCACGAGUAUGUGAGGAACCUGUACGUGCCCGCGGCGCGCUCGCAGAAGCAGCCUCCGCGCCAGAGCACGGGGAGGAUGCAGGAGGAGCUGCGGUCCUGGUGACGACCUUCUCUCUGCUGGUGGGUGGAUUCCUUCCACAGUAGCAGAACUGCCGCAGCUGCUGCUCGCGGACCCUGCCUAGAGCCUGUGUGUGCAUGUGCGUGUGUGAGAGGAACCGCGCGCGCGCACGAACACACACACACACACACACACACUCACACUCAUUCUCUCCAGUGAGCGACAGGGACGGCUGGAAGGAAGCUCCCUCACGCCUGACUGCGGUGGAGACCGGAUCCGGCCCGCUUCAUUGAUUGCGGCUACAGCUUCACAUAGGUGAAAGGAAAAGCAAGUUGGAGACUUGUCAUCUGGAAAGCCUCCUCCUAAUCCUUCUUGCAGGAGGAGAGCCCAUCCGAGCGCAGCUUCCUGGGCGCCUGUCUCAGGUCAAAACCAAAGGCCUUUUCCCCCCACUUUUCUUCUUCUCCCACCCCUACCCCCCCUCCCCAUUUGUUUGGGUCUUUUGUGCCAUAGGCUCACAGUUGGCUAAGCACUCCUUUGCUGAAUUGAGCUAUUGUCUGAGACCCCAUCGCUUUUCACGCUGCAGAUCUGUGUUCCUCCAACCCCCAACCUCUUCCCCCCCCUUUUUGGCUGGGAAAGCCUUCCUAAUGUGCCUUUCCUCCACAUGAAUCUGGAAGCUAUAAGCUGGACUGAUUGCAAAUGAAGUGUAAUGCAUUGUGGGACGUGUGUAAAAUUGGAUCAUUCGAGGUGGGGGUGUGUGGGAAGGAACGGACCUGCAGUGUGCUUUAUAGAGGAGGAGGAGGAGGAGGAAGAGGAGGAAGAGAAGGUGGCGGUGGUGGAGGUGGUGGUGGUGGGAAAAUGUUUGCAGAAUCUACCCAGGCUGGGCUUGCGGCAGCCUCAUGAACCAGGGGACAGCCGCGCGCUGGCUCGAGGCUGCAGCUCCCCCAGGUUCCUGCAGUAUUGAGACAGUAGCAGGUUAGCCCGCCUCCAAAAUGAAGAAGACCCGGAGUACAACCUUACGGCGAGCCUGGCCUAGUUCCGAUUUCUCUGACCGGGCCUCAGACCGCAUGAGGUCCCGCAGUGAAAAGGACUAUCGCUUGCACAAACGCUUCCCACCAGCCUUUAUCUCCCAGGCAUCACGGGGCUACAUGACAUCAGGUGAUGUCUCUCCAAUCAGCAUGUCUCCCAUCAGCCAAUCUCAAUUUAUUCCACUUGGAGAAAUCCUUUGCUUGGCCAUCUCAGCAAUGAACUCUGCAAGAAAACCUGUCACACCAGAAGCAUUGAUGGAACACCUGACUACUUGUUUUCCAGGUGUUCCAACUCCAAGCCAAGAAAUCCUCCGGCACACACUGAGCAUGCUGGUUCGUGAGAGGAAAAUCUACCCCACUCCAGAUGGCUAUUUUAUUGUGACCCCACAGACUUAUUUUAUUACUCCUUCCCUCAUAAGAACUAAUAGUAAAUGGUAUCAUUUGGAUGAGAGGAUACCUGACAGGACUCAGUGUACCUCUCCACAGCCAGGAACCAUCACACCCUCCACCUCGGGCUGUGUCCGGGACAGAACAUUACCCAAAAACCACUGCGACUCUUGCCAUUGUUGUAGAGAAGACAUGCACAGCAUGCAUGCAUCUACACUGCAGAGGAAAGCUGCCAAGGACUGCCCCCCUUCACUAUGCCAAUUGCCACCCACUGAAAAAAGUAAAAGUACUGUAAAUUUUUCUUAUAAGACAGAAACGCUUUCAAAACCUAAGGACAGUGAAAAACAGUCCAAAAAAUUUGGGCUCAAGUUGUUUAGGCUAAGUUUUAAGAAAGACAAGACAAAACAACUAACUAAUUUUUCUGCACAGUUUCCCCCAGAGGAAUGGCCUCUGAGAGAUGAGGAGACACCCACAACAAUCCCCAGAGAGGUAGAAAUGGAGAUUAUCAGGCGUAUUAACCCAGAUCUGACUGUAGAAAACGUCAUGAGGCACACUGCACUAAUGAAGAAACUUGAUGAAGAAAAAGCUCAGAGGAGCAAAACGGGGUCAUCUGCCCAUCACAGUGGGAGAAGCAAGAAGAGUAGGAACCAUCGGAAAACCCACGGGAAAACUCGUUCCCACAGCAAGACGCGGGGGUCCAAAGGAGGAGACCCUUCGGAUGGUUCUCAUCUUGAUAUCGCAGCAGACAGAGACUAUGACCUGAAUGACCCUUUGAAUCGCUCACCACGGGAAGGCUGCUUUAUCAUCGAACACAAAGGGGAUCAUUUCAUUACACACAGCCACCCUAACAUGCUUGAGCCUCAUUUUCCCAUGACGCCAGAAUGGGAUGUGUCUGGUGAACUGGCCAAGAGGAGGACCGAGAUGCCUUUUCCUGAGCCUUCACGGGGAAGUUCUCACUCGAAAGUCCAUCGAAGUCACAGCCAUACCCAGGAUCGAAGGUCCAGGAAUGAAAGGUCCAAUAAAGCCAAGGAGAGGUCCAGAUCGAUGGAUAAUUCCAAAGGCCCUCUUGGUGCUGCGUCUUUAGGGACAACGGAAGACAUAGCUGAAGCUUGUAGCCAAGAUGACCCAAUGCUUAGCCAGUCUUAUACUGAUGAUAGUACUUUAAGGCCUACACAGACUAUCAAUCACCAAAGGGCUCACAUUUCAUCCACAAACUAUAAAGAGGUGUGUAUACCUGAAGUCGUCAGUGGCAGCAUUGACCCCUCCAAUUCCUGUAGCCUUUCGGAACAAAGCAAACCUCCAGAGAGUUUGCCAUCUUAUAAUGAACUCAAUGCCUGUCCAACCAAAGCUUCCAUGGAUGACUAUUUCCAAUGUAACACCUCCAGCGAGACGGUCCUCACGGCUCCAUCACCUUUGGGGAAGAACAAAGAUGACCCUGAUACUCUGACCUUGACGGAUGGGAUGAAAAAGCUGUCAUCUGCGGAAAGGCAGCCCCAGCACUCCACCAGGGAACCUGUGGUGCACAAAGAGGAGUCGCCCAAAGGGCCAGGGGGAGGCUUGGCAGCAAUUUCUGGCCCAGCCACGGACCCCAUUGCCAAUGGACGGCUGAUCCCCCACCAUGGAGCAGAGUCAAUCAGUCUGGAUAAGAUAUUCAGCAAGGACACCCUCUUCAAACCGCUCCAUAGCGCCCUGUCCAUGAAUAAUUAUCACAAGCCAACUGUGUCCCUCCUGAAAGCUCACCCACAGUCAUCUCCUGAUGCAUUGCCAGGCCGCUGCGAGAUCCUGGAACAGUCCCUGGCAGCCUCCGUCACCCAAGCAGUGCCCCUUUCCCAACGACAGCAGGAAGCCGGCGGGAACCAGGAAGCUUCCUUUGACUACUACAACGUCUCCGAUGAUGAUGACUCUGAGGAAGGAGCACACAAGAAUACGGAGGAGGAGAAAAAUCGGGAUGAUGUGGGGACCAUGCAGUGGCUGCUGGAGCGGGAAAAGGAAAGAGACCUACAGAGAAAAUUUGAGAAGAACCUCACUCUCCUUGCCCCAAAGGAAACUGAUAACAGCAACAGCCAGAGAGCAACACAUUCUGCCCGGCUGGACAGCAUGGACAGUAGCAGUAUCACUGUGGAUAGUGGGUUUAAUUCACCACGUACCCGUGAGAGCCUGGCUUCCAACACUUCUAGCAUUGUUGAAAGUAACCGUCGUCAAAACCCAACCCUGAGCCCUGCGCACAUAGGCGCUGCUCCAGCAUUCAGCUUCCGCACAAGUACAGACCCCUCAGCAAAUGAAGCCGAGAAGUUGCCGAAACCCAAUUGCUUGCAAGCUUCUGUUACUAGUGUGUGAUAGUCAUUCUGCCUCCAAUCUUCUGUCUCAUCCUGUAUUGCGAAGUUUACGACAUUGGGACUGAUGUUUACAUCUUUGGGAAGACAAGCAUCUCCACCACAGUUUUGGUGUUUACUUAAACUGUGCUGCUAAGUAGGCUAGGACAAAAAAACAAAAAACAAAAAAACAAAAACAAAAAAAAAUCUUAAUUUCCAAGUAUUGUUUUUCACGUUUAUGGCUCUGUAGCAACAGACUAGCCCAGUAGGGGUAAUGUGUAUACUUUUGCUUAAUUGAUCAUAACUGAGCACAUAGGUGAGAGUCUAGCCACUGUAGGUGUUAGCUGCAUUUUUUGGUGUCAUGCGGUUGCUAAUUCCAUUUACAAAUGCCACAGAUGUGUGAUAAUGCUCCUAGUCCAUGGUUGAACGGUGCCACAGAACUGAUCCUUGACACUUAUUUCCCCCAAGCUAAGCCACCGCAGAAAGCAUAAAAUAAAAGGCACAGGUCACCUUGAGGAACACAAUGCCAAACACGACUAGAAAGGACCUCAGCCCUUCUCUAUCUGUGAAUUAUUUCACACCCAUCAUUUUCACUGUGAGUUCUCAUGACACACUUUUUGCAGGAGCCCUUGGAAGUGAGUCAGAAGGGAUUGUGUUUGAAUUAAUGGGUGUGUUUUGUUUUGUUUUUGGUGAAUAUCAGAUGCUUGUCUUAUUCUUAACCUUCCAUAACUACAAACAAGAAUAUAGGCCUUUGAAUUUGAAGUGGACAAAGAAAGGGGGAAAUAUCCAACUUGGCUUAGCAACAGCACUAAAUGAUGGAAGAGGUAAUGUGGAUUUUUUUUUUUAAGUAUUAAAUCAUGUAUCUUAGGGAGGUCAUUUUAUUCUUGUGAUACUUAUGAUGUUCCUAGUUUAAUAUAAUAGAGGAAAUAACUAAUUUGUUUAAAUGAAAAGCAAUUUCUUUGUGAUACAAAUGAAGAGUAUGGCCUGAGGAGUUUAUUUCUUUCUAAUGGAAGGACAUAAUUCUAUUUUAUGUAGUUUUAAAUAGAAUGCCUAAAUUAGGCUGUGGAACAUAAUCUUUAGUGGUUAUAUGGAAGAGCAAAUUUAGGGAGAGUUGGAAUUCAGGCCUUUGAUUCCUGGAAAAAUGUUUGUGGACAUACAAAAAUACAAUUUGAGUGGAAAUAGAAUUUGUGCCCAUAUGAUUAAUAGCAGGAGGCCCUCAUUCUACAAGUGUGGCAUAUACAUAAUUUGUACUCCCCUAAAAUUUCCCAGGAUAAUUAUGCAUAUAUGAACUAUGCCAGAGUAAUGUUUACAGAUACAUUGUACCAACUUUCAGGAGUCACUCUUAGGUAGGCUUAUAGAUAUCAUUAGACCAUAUUGUUCCUACAAAAGAUUUGUUAGUGUUUUGUUUUGGUUUUUAGUUUAAGGCGUUAAAGAUGCCAUUCCACAGCUUAGGGAUUAUUACAAAGAUACCAAAUUUUCAGUCUCAAAACAAGUUGGUAUUUGAAAGUUCCUAGAUUUUUAUUGGAACAGCAAAUAAAAUAUAUAAAUAAAAAUGCUUUGUACAAAAAAAAAAGACAAUGUAAGAUUGCAAGGCAGUGAUAUGUAACAGUAGGAAGAUUUUUUUUGUGAUGAGUUUGUUUUGGUCAGUCAGGUUUUAUAAAUGAUUUUCACAUUUAAUUGUAAAUGUAAAUUGCAGUUUCAUCUCAGAUUUUUGUUAGCAGGUAGAACAUUUUGUAAAACACUUCUGUCUUAAUGUCAUAAUUUGAAUCACCAGGAAACACAGAAAUCUGUGCAGUCUUAUAUUUUAUGGUUGUCUGCAAUUUGUAGAUUCCUUUCCCCUUCCCAAUACCCCCAAAUUGCUUUAGAACUUGAAACACUUGGGGACUUUCUAAUUCCUUUGCAAAUAUUUGAGAGGCACAUGGGUCAAAUUCCUUAUUUUUGGUAUUGAAGAUUCCUUUUUGUGUUUCAAUUAGACAUUCCCUUGCAUUUCUGAGUAGACUCCUCAACCAGUGGGCCUUCACCCUCAUGCCUUAUUUCCUCUAUGGCAUGCCAUGUCUGCUCAGAAAUGCAUCAUUUGCCUCAUUGUUUAAAUAUGUGCAGAAGGAAUGAUAAUGUAUCUAAUAGACUCCAGAAUCCAUUUCUUUGGGGAGUUGUAUACUAAAUUUUCCACGUAAAUUCAUUUUAAACCCCCCACAUUCUUUGAAGUUUAUAUCAUGCUAUUGUGUUCAUAAGAAAAAGAAACAUUGGAAGGCUAUGUUAACCUCUAGUUGGUCAUCUGAAAAUAGCCACUGUAAAAAUCAGAUAAUAUAUGAACAGAAAAGAAAAAAAAAUCCCUUAAGAGAAACUUUUUAAAAUAAAAAUUUGUCAAGAAUUAGACAAGAAGUUAACAAUCUAAUGAAACCUAUACACCCUCUGCCAGAUAAGUGGUGUAUAUGAUUUCAAAAUACUCUCAUAGACCAGCAGUCAUGAGUAUUGAAAUUAUGGACUUAAAAAAAUGGAAUGUAAACAGGAGUUUCACAUAGAAACAUUCUCAUCUGUAUUUAAUUUUUACUCUUGGAAAAAUGUAUUUACAAUGGGAUCUUAAGGCUAUUCUGUCUUGAGGUUCUUGGUGACCAAAUGUUUGGGCCUCUCUCCAAGAGUUUCUGAUACGAUCAUACUCCUUCCAUGAGAUUAGAACUUUCUGUUAUGGUUUCUUAUCUGGUCUUCUCUUUUUGUAUAUUGACUGAAAGGUUUACAGAACUGAGUUAGAUUGAAUCUCUCUGUGUGUGUUCAACUUUUAAAAGGUCAACACAUCUGUCAGUAUUUUGCACAUUUAAUAUGUAUUAUUAUAAUACAACAUAUUACUUUAUGGUAAUUUUUAUUUUCACAUAUAACUACCUCCAUGAAUUCAAUGAAAUGGCAGCAGUGUGUUCAAGGGUAUUAUAAAAAGCAAGGUUAAAACUUUCUGAAGCAUCGGGUCACGAUAUUUUCUGUGUGUUGACACAUGUUAAAAGUCACCAUUCUCCACCCAAAUUUCCAUGAUUCCUUUUUUUUAAUUGGAUUCUCAGAUUCAAUCUUUGUAUUUCUCCUCAAGAAAGCUCACUUGGGUGUUUUUUUUGUUGGUGGUGUUCAUAUCAAGAGAACAUUUAAAAUUCUUGUCUUUUCCCUGUCCCUGCUAAUUUUUUUUUUUUUCUGUUAGUUGGUAAGUGUGAUUUAGCAGGCUAUUUGCACCUAUUAGAGUUUUAGGUUUUAUAAGGCAAAGAAUACACAUCAGAUAUUUGAACUGCCAACUUUGAAGCACUUUGGGCCCCAAUCUGCCUUCACUUGCAUGUUAACAUAUCAAGUCAAAUUUUCACUUUACUUGAGAGAGCUGCAUUGUACAUUCCAUUCUCUCUAUUUAUGUUUCAUUCUCUCUGUUUCUCUCUCCCUCCAUUUCCCCUACUUCCACUCUCCCUUUCUCAGUUAAUUCACUUUCUGUGCAGACCAUGCAUAAUAUGCCAUUUUCUAUAUUGUGCACAUCUCAGGGUACCUUAAUGAGUAGAUUAAGAAGGGGGUGCCAUCCUAUCAAGACAUGCACAAAAGAGUCAAAAGGGAGAUAGCAGGGAGUAGGGGGAGAACAAAUCAACCCUGUUACUGUUAUUUGGAACUUUGAGAUUUGGGGUUUUGUCCUAAAGUCCAGAAAUCAAAAACUAAGUUGUACGUUAGGUGUUCCCUAAAUCCUUCUUUACAGCAGGAAUUCUCCCUCCCCCUCCACAGACAGUACUGAGGGAGGGACUCUGCAAAAGGAAGCACGAACACCACCAUCUCCUUUCAGUUUGGUGCAGCAAAUGUAACAAAAAAAAAAAAAUCUACCUGGGGAGUAAACCACUUCUUUUACCACAAAGUGUACUUGAAAAUAAAGUUUUUAACUUAAAUUAUAUAACUAUUGCUCAUAAUCAUAACACUUUAUGUAUCUCACUUAAGGCAGCAUUUGGAGCCUACUAAAAAUAAUGAUUGAUAAACUUCUGUUUGCAUACAGUUCACCUUGGAUCUCAAAGUGCUUCCAAAGCAUUCAGAGUCAUUAAUGCAAGACAAACAAAAAAAUUGUGGGUGCUUUUUAUUAUAAUACCUUUUUUGAGAAAAGAAUGAUCAGGUAGUGAGAUUUGAGAUCACCCUCAGGGGCAACUAUUGAUUAUUGAUUAUCUUUUCUGUUAGAUGAUAGACGACCAUCAUAAGAAAGCACUAAAUGAAUCACUCCCAAUAAAGAGUAAUAAUAAUUAAUAUAAAUUUAUUAUUGUCAAGGAAGAGAAAAUAAUUCUUUACAGCAUCCAUUUUUACUUAAAAAUUUCAGGGCUUUUAUAAUUUGAUAUCAUCCCUUCAGCUUAUAGAAUGUGAGGCAAAACUAUAGACAAAUUAAUUGACACUUCUUCCCAAAUGUCCUACUUGAACCAAUGGUAAUUUUAGAUGUGCCCCCUCAUCUAUGAUUUUUAUAUUAAGUUUCUGCAUCUUCUAUGCUACAAUGACAUUCUUCAGGAACAUGACUGCUCUUGGCAGUAGAAGGUGCUGAAUACAUAUUUUAAUUAAAAACUUUUAUCAAGUACUUUUUACAGGGCUAUUGGACACAAAGGAGAAUUUGUACAAUCUGUUUCUGCCUACUCUUUUGGAGGAUCUGGAUUACUGAAGGGAGCUAGUCUUCUUAUCCUUGUCCUCUAAAAUGGAGGGAUGAAAACAGCCUUAACAGUGACAAUGCUCCUCAAUUCAAUUGGCCAGUUGACAGAGCUGUCCAAUGUGCUAUAUCGGCCUUGGGAGCACCCAGAGCACAGCAUUCCCUUUUUUUGACCACCUCCAGUACCAUCUUGCCUGCUUACAGAAGACAGCCUAUAUACUUACUCUUCUUUUGUCUGCAAAGUGGCUCUUCUCUGCAGAGGUUUAGAUGAAGCUAAAGUAUAUUGAAAAAAGCAUAUAUGGUUUUAGGAGCAAACCUGGAUUUGGUUCAAAGAAGGUCUUGGGCUGAAUAGAGAUGACUAUCAAGUGUCUUUGCCAAGUGAAUGAAUAAAUAGUUUCAAUUGGCUGAGACCUGACAGUUGCCAUUCUCUUCUUCCUUAAGAAACUUUGCAUUGUUAAGAAUGCAUUCAGUAUCCUUAUUUUUCUGACAGAUUUUUAUUUAGGAGGUACUCCUUCAACUUUACACUUAAAAAAAAUCCAUGGUUAAAUUCUGUUUAUAGUUGAAUUGAGGAACUGGAAUCUCCUAGGACGAAUUAAUUGAAGUUUUCUUUUCAGCAACAUCCAGAUAGACAGGUUGCAUAGCUUUUGCAAAUAAUCUUGGGUCUCUACAAUUUCUGUAUAGAUUUCCAUGGAUCAUUUAGAAUUCUGUUGGAAUUCUAGAAGGCUGAUGUGGAUUAAAAAUAGAUUUUGAUUUAAAAAUUAAAUGUUCUUCUAUUAGUCAUAUGCACCCACACAUACAUAUAUCUACACACACACACAAACACACCCUGUUACAGGGCUUUAAUAUUUUGGCUUCAGAUAUGAACAUCUACUACCAUACCAGCUGAAAGCAGGGGACGUUUCCCAAGUAGUGACUGGAGGAGGUGAGGAAACCAUAGAAUUCCAGACUAAUUCUGCCCAUGCUCUGCCUCCCCUUUCCAAGGGCUGACCUCAGUGCCCCUGCUCCUUUAUUGCUCCCACCAAAAAGAGGUACCAAAUCUGGGAUCUUGUGAAGAUCUCACCUGAUUUACAUCCAUCCUUUGUAGUUAGAUGAAAGAAUCAUUGAAGUGCACACUCGACAAAUCCUCCCCUUCCUGUCACCCCUGUGUCCUAUCCUCCCUUCCAUCUCCACCUAGAUGCUGAUACAUCGCCACAUGUUUCCACAUUGGAAGGGCAGACUAAUGUGCAGUAUUGUGCACACGUGCUGGGUUAGGGGAUAGUGCCACCCUAAGGUCACCUCCAUGUAAGAAUAACAGCUAUAAAGAAGGUCCUUAGAGUAGCUGGCAUAACUAUUACUUUAGAGAUGAGACUUCAGUUUAAAUACUAACUUUAAGGGAUCAUAAUUCUGCAGGUAUCUUUCCCUGAGUGACUGAAUGUGACUGUUGCAUUAGGUUAAAUGAGUUAAGAAACGCAAGUGGGAUUUACUGUAUGUUAGAAGGGAGUUUUGCAGCCAAGACUGCCUUGAAUAAAUGUGUUUGCACUGAAAAAAAUUUUUAAAAAUUUACUUGGUCUCUGGUUGCUGUAAAGGUCAUCCAAGAUGGAUGUUCUGUUUAUAUUGUAUAGUAUUUCAUAUGAAAUAAUUACAGCUCAUGAAAUGUCUUCCCUAAUGUUACUGAUUUAUAACAGCACAUUUGUAACAUGGUUUUUAUUGUGUCUGUGUACCAUAUUGUAAAUGAUGAUUACUUGUCAUGCUUAGUAUAAUAACUUAAAAGGAAAAAAAGGACAGGGAUUUUUGUAAGUCUAUAUUUGAAAGUCCCUCCACAUGGUAAUAUUGUGUUCAUGUUGUUUAUGUAGUGUCGUGUGAAAUAUCCAUUUUGGAUUGUGUUACUUUUUAAGAUAUUAAAUAACAUUUGGUUAUAUG